AUGGCGAGACACCUGUCGAAGGAAUCCCGGGUCGACAUCCUCAGGCUGCGCGCGCAGGGACUGACCUACAAAGAAAUCGCCGAGCGCAAGGGCAUCACGCACCGCCAGGUCCAGUGGACAUGCGAGUCUGGCGAUCCGACGCCCAAGAGGCGGAGUGGCCGGCCGUCGCAGCUCUCGCCAGAGCAGGUCAGGACCCUGAUCGAGUAUGUGUGCGCAUCGCCCGAGAACCGCCAGCUCACCUAUCACGAACUCGCGACCGUCCUCGAACUGGGAGUCGGGCAGUUCGCCGUCCGCAACGCCCUGUACAAUGCUGGCUUUCGUCGUCGAGUCGCGCGGGACGUGAGGAGGGAGGAUCAUACGCAGGCGGUGCAGACUACGGCAGAUAUACAUACAGAUAUACAUACAGCAGAUAUACAUACGACAGCAGCAUCAGCGAAUAUACAUACAGCAGCAUCAGCAACAACAGGUGUACAGGCUACAGAUAUACAGACUACAGCAGCAGACAUGCAGAGAGGAGAGAGGAUAGAGUAG